CACAGAUGUCCAGUAAAGAGUCACUAGCUCUUUUUCUCUGGAUAUUGGGGGCACCCGAGUCUAAUAGUCAAGCUGCCGACCGUUUUGAAUGCAGUGUUUCUACUGUCAGCAAAAAGUUUCAUGAUGUGUUAGACUGUGUGGAUCGUAUGGCUGGUGAUUACAUUAGACCAAAUGAUCCCACUUUCUCUCAAGUUCAUGACAAACUUAAAAAACCUAGAUUCUGGCCACAUUUCAAGGAUGCCAUUGGAGCAAUAGAUGGAACACACAUUCCUGUCAUAGUUGCUGAGAAGGACAAGAUAAAGUACACUAACAGGAAAGGUUAUACAAGUCAGAAUGUCCUAGCAAUCUGCGAUUUUGACUUGAGGUUUACAUUUGAUGUUCCUGGAUGGCCUGGAUCUGUUCAUGAUACCCGUGUAUGGACUGAUGCUCGGCCUAGGUUCGCCAAUUAUCCGCACCCUCCUCAUGGAAAAUACUAUCUUGUCGACUCUGGAUAUCCAAAUAGAACAGGUUAUCUUGCUCCAUUCAAAGAGCAACGGUACCAUGUUCCAGACUUCCAAGGAGCCCCUCCACAGAACAUGGAGGAAAAAUUCAACCAUCUUCAUUCAUGUUUACGAAAUGCCAUUGAAAGAGCAUUUGGUGUUCUAAAAAUGAAGUGGCGCAUUCUUCUUUCCAUUCCACAUUUCCACGAUCCUCUGACGCAAACGAAGAUCAUCACCGCAUGCAUGUGUUUGCACAACUUCAUUCGCGACAGUAAGCUACAUGAUGCCCAUUUCGAUAGGAUCGAGCGGGCCUCAUAUAUCCAUGAGGAUAGCGCAUCUUUUACCAGUGGACACACUUCCUCUUCUGCUGAUGGCGCCAUGGCACAACUACGCAAGGACAUUGCUGAGAGUUUAGUUGCGUGAGAAGUUCUUGUAUUGUAGUUAUGAAUUCACUAUGACAUUUGUUUUAUUUUGGAUUGUACUAAAUUAUACUACGACACCGUAUUCUAAUUAUUAUUAGACUUUCUUUAA